AACCGGGCCAGUCUGCCUCGCCCUGCCGUGAGAGAACUGCUGCCGCCCGCCCCUCGCCCGGCCCUGCCCGCCGAGACUAAGAGAAACAGACAGACGAGGAAAAGGAACUACUAUAGAUUCCUCUAUUCCUAUUCCUCGGUUUAAGAAGUGGGAUAUGUGUGAUAGCGGGAAGGAAAUAAGAAAACUAACAUGCAUAUCUACGAUUCUUUAAGUCUACGUACAGUGGAAGGCAAGUGGCUUACCGGCGAGGGCUGUGGGGUUGUGGAAGGCUCCAAGGCGGCAGGCGUGGCGGCAGGCGGCUCUGUUUCCCCCCGCAUCGGAGGGGUGCUGUGAUGAGUCGUCAGGAGUGGCGGCCGCGGCAGCCACUGACUACACCUGCAACGAGUUAAUACCCCUCGUGCUGCCCUCAGCCCCGUCCGCUGCCUCCUGAGCGUGCCUGGGUGCUGGUGCGGACCAGGCGGUGCAGCCUUGGGGCGGGUCGCAGCGACAGCCGCCGGUGCCUCAGCGCUUCAUUUACCGUCGGACUCUUGGCUCGCGGCAAGACACGGCCUGACCAUGGCGGUGGCGUGCCACACAUUCCACGACUUCUUGCAGCCCAGCGACGCCUCGCCAGGCUCCGCCACGCCCUCCAGCGGCUCUAGCUCCCCCGAAGUAUUCUUCGAUGCACCCGAACAGCUCUCCACUACCAUGCUACCAACCACGCCCACUCGUGGCCUUGUCAAUAAUGCUGAAGAGUUUCAUGACGCCCAGGAGAUGCCUGCUGCAGGCGUCAGUGUUUAUAUUGAAGACUCCAGGGCGACACAUGGCCUCGGCGACCAGGGGCACGGCGAGGCAGACAGCGAAACGGGACGCAACGGCUCUUUUAACUUUGAUGAUGGACACACUGAGCCAGGCUCCCAGGGGGACCAGAAGGCCAAGGCGCGGCGCCUCCUGAAAGACUUCCUGCCAAAGAAGCAGCUGAGCAAUAACCUGAGGGAGGAGACUCGCAAGAUCGUGCAGAUGCUGUCCAAUGACAAGGUGUGCAAGAUCGACAGGCCGAGCUUGGGGCUGCAGGACAGACUACAGAGUUUAGUGCAGCGUUCGGCGGGGAAGAGGACCACUUAUGUCAAGGGGCCUCGCGUCUGCAGCACCCUCGUCAAGAGCAUCGUCAAACGCACGCAGGACUCUAUGUAUUUCCGAAGGACCUCGUUCCAAGGAUACCCCGGCAAGCAGGAAGAGCGACUUCCCCUGCCGGUCUUCAACAAGCCGAUCCCCAGCUACACCAAGCCCCCCAAGUGUACCAAGGCGCCGGAGAGGGACGGCACACCAUUGCGAGGGAGCCAGGUGACCAAUCAGACAAACAACGCCAAUGUCUUCGAGUUGGUGAUCAAGCGUCGAAAACAGAACAGCAUCAACGAGACCAAUUCUGGCAGCACGGCGCCUGUCUCAGCCUCUCCACCUGGUCCACUUUCUACCAUAACCUACAAUAACCAUAACAAUACUCCCCGCGGCACACUAGACAACACCUCCACAGGAGAAAACGUCCAUGUGACCAGCACCGUCGACCUGUCUAAGAGUAGACGUGGCGACUUUGAAAACGAUUUAAUUAGUGUUGAAUUCAAGAUCAGCAUUCCGUACGGGGCUGAUGACCUGGACACCCCCGAGGCCACGGAGCACAGACCAAGUUUCCCUCAAGUGGCUGAAGAUGCGGAGUCUGAUGAAGAGAUGGAGUUUUCGUCAGAGGAACCUUUCCCCGACACACCCUCGAAGGACGCUGGACAGAAGGCGCCCACCACACCGAACUUGAACACAACAGGAAUGCUGAAAGAUCCUCCGAAUAAGCAAACUAAGAUGAAAGAAACAACAGCGGUUUCGCAUAACUUUCCAGAUGUGCAAAUGGAAAAUUCCUCCAACCUCACAAACGGACAUGAUAAAAAGGCGGCGGAUCCUCCUUCUGCAAAGAGUGGUAGUCAAGCGCCUUCAUCGGGUGGCUCCAACGCGCCUCCGCCGCCACGGCAGCGAGGUGACAGCAUGACCAACGGUGUCAUUGACCUGCGGAAGCACAUCGCGUCGCUCAACAAAGUGUCGCUCACGUUCGGGGCAAAGAACAAUGAACACACGAGUGACGACAAGAAUGCUGCAGCAACGAGUGACUCGCCAGCGUCGCCGAAGCCGUAUACGGCACCCAUGACUACUCAGUCAACGAGUGAGGCCAAACCUAGGACGGUCCAGGUGGCGGCGGGACGAGGAACUGGAGAACAAGCUAAAAGUUCUUCGCCAGGUAAUGCACCCAAGUUCCACACGGCCACGGCUAUGGCGAACUUGUCGGUGCCUACGUACAGAGGCGGACAGGCUUUGGAAAGGCGUCUGUCCCCCGUCAGCUCUUCCAAGUCCCUGCAGCGGAGGCUCUCCACGCUCGACCUUCUUUACCCCGACGAGGACAUUCCGUCAUCCGCCGCCAACAACGCGCUGCACAUCGAGACUCUCAUGAGACUCAAAACGGAUAACUUGGUGGCGCGGCACGGAGGUAAAGGCAACCUGCACCCCUACCCGACCAGCCCCCGCCAGACGUCCCCUGCCCCCUCCCCAGAGCCCCCCGCCCAGAAGGCAGCUCCGGAGAGCACUUCAGGCAAAGAGAAGACUGAGGUCACUCCUGAUGCUGCGGAAUGUCUGCCUCCGCUCCCUCCAAACGUCCAGAGAGUCAAGCGCGAGUCUGUCAGCCGCCAGGCAAGUAAAGAGGAAGACCUUGGCGGCCAGAGAACUGUCAGCAGGAACGGGAGUCUGGAGCAUCCGUGCCCGGGCAGCAGAAGGGGCAGCCACCUGCUGCAGCGGCCAGGUUCGCGACGAGGGAGCAAGAUGCCGAGCUUCAGCCAGGACACACUAAGGAAGUGCCUCAUCGCCGCCGUGGACCAAUGUUACAACACCGAGUGGGAGGAGACCAGCGACAGUAACGUGGUGAGGGAUGACAGCAUGAGUCAGGACGAGGUGAACAAGUCCCUGGUGAAGGCCGUCUGUCGCCACGACGCCGAGAAGGUGCGGGUGAUGCUGAAGCUCGGAGGUGACCCCAACGUGAAGCAUAACAGCAGCCCGGUGCUGCUGCGUGCCGCCAGGGAGGGGGCGCUGUACGUGAUGCAGGCCCUGCUGGCCGCCGGGGCUGACGUGGACGUGCGCUCUGACAUGGGAAACAGCCCGUUGCACCUGGCGGCCCGCAGCGGCUACAGCGAAGUGGCUGUCCAGUUGGUGCAUAGCGGCGCCUUCGUCGACGCCAUCAACAGGUCAGGCGUCACGCCCCUGCAAAUGGCCCUGGCGCACGGCCACCUGGACGUGGCCCAUUCCCUGCUGCGCCUUAAUGCAGAUAUGUUCCUGCAGAACAAAGUGGGCGAGACGGCCUACGACGUGGCCAACGAUCUGGGCUACAUCGGCCUGUCCGGGGCGCCGCGGGAAGUACGGCGAGACUCCGGGGUAGGCACGAGGGUGGAGCCGUGCUCCAACGACGUGCCCGUGGCCGUGAGGAUGAUCCAGGGCAUCGAGGUGGGCUGCGCUGGUACCGUGGACGACUGUCUGCGGGAGGGCGCCUCGCCCAACACGCUGCUGCCGCUGGCCCUGCACUGGCCGGCUCACGCCUCGGUGCUGCACCGCGCCGCCCAUCACGGCCACGACCUCAUCGUGCGGCUGCUGCUGGCCGCCGGGGCAGACAUCCAAGCCAGGGACGUGGUGGGCAACACGCCCCUGCACGUCGCAACCCAGGCGGGACACAACCGCGUGGUCAAGAUCCUUCUCGACAGCGGAGCGUCGCUGGAGGCUGUCUCCCAAUCAGGAAUGUCCCCCCUACACCGCGCGGCCUCGAAAGGGAAGGAGCUCACCUGCAACCUGUUGAUUCGACGCGGCGCCAACCCACGUGCGGAGGACAGCUCUGGGCGGACCCCGGCUGACUGGGCGCGGAAACGAGACUUCAAGCACCUUAGCCAGAAGCUGGUGUACCGCCGCAAGAGUAGCAACACACUGCUGGCCGAGGUGGACGGGCGGCUGGACCUCAACCACCUGCACCGCCUGCACGAGGCUGCCCUCAAGGAGCCACGGCAGUCCCCUGAGCCCAUGGAGUGUGAGGAGUGACGCCCCUCAUCCCUCACGCUGCUGUAUGAACCAGUGCCACGAAGGACGUGUCACUUCCAGCGCUCUGCCCCUCACUAAUCCCCUAGUGGUGGGGUUCCCUGCAGGAGCCCUAGCAAUCACAGCCCUUCAAGAGGUGCAUCAGAUCAUUGGGGAGUAAAAAAUUACUCUGUCUUGACUUGCUGCUUCUGGACUGGCUGGUAGACGCACUGCAAGCUUCUAGGCCCCAUCAAGGGGAAGAGCCUGCUCCUCCUCAUGUGAGCAGAAUAUUACCAAGCCUUACCUUCGCCUGCUGCCUCCCGGGGGGCAAGUGAUGCUUUAACAUAUUACUGAUAAUAUAAAUGUGACCUCCUUGG